UUACGAAUAUAACUUCUAGGUUAAUCUUCAAAUAUACUUUUUCAUUCUAGAAAGUCUGUCCAAAAAUAAUCCAGACUUUUAAAGAAAUCCAAGCGAUUGCUUUACUUACCGAAUAGUUCCAUCCAGUUGUUGUCUCAAUCCCAGCAUUCUUAUUCAGUUUAAAAAAAAAAAAUUGGAAUCCAAUUUCAGGGACAGUGCAUGGUUCUCAUAGCAAAUUUCUUCGAUCUCUUCUGACAUUUGAAAUCUGCUACUUUUCAGCAUUGAUUUCAACUUUAGAAACAGAAAUAAGUCUUCAAAUACCAAAUCCAGAGAUUAAAUGGCUGAUGGGAUGAGAAUUGUCUCAUGCUUUGGAGUUAAGGAGUGGUGACAUGUGAGCUAUUUGGAACACUAGCAUCCUUUAGUGUUUAACUUGCCAACAAAUCACCAAGUACAUUAGACUGUCAAGUAUGUGUAAUUUAAUGAUUAACUGUGGGGCAUGAUGUAACUAAUAUUAGACUAAAUAUCAAGGUUACCAUACCAUAUACCCCUCUGUAAUCAUGAGCUAGUUCAAGACCCAUUUUGAAUAUCCAGUUUCUACCUACCUCAUAUGUAAUUAUAAAAUAGUGUAGCAUCUUUUGCAUCUAUAGAGACUAAACAAGGUGUCAGAAGAGUGUUCAGUAUUGACCCUAUAGAAAUGAUUUUGAGUAUUAAGGGUGCUGAAUUAUUAGAAAACUGUUUUAUCAAACUGAAUAUUGUUUGAUUUUCAAAAAGACCAUCUGUAAAACAGUUUAGAUAUUCAAAAUGUCUUACCAGACAUUACAUUAUUGGCACACAUUUUGUAAAGAUGCAAUGCCAAUUAAGGACAAGCUUAUGAUUUUCUUAUAUUAAGAAUUUAUACCUAAACUAUAUUGUAGUCCCUAUUUACUCCUAUCUAUUAAAAACUUAAUUACUACUUUGUACUAGUAUAAAUAACUUUUUAGUUACAAUAAAUUUAUAUGAAGGGCCAAAAUGGUCAAAGUGUUUAUUAGAUCAAUGGUUCCCAACUGGGGUCCAUGUGGCCCUUGCAGGAGGGACUUCAUAUAAAAUUUUGUUAAAACUUAUGUGCAAUACUCAAAAUAUUUUGACAACAUUUUGCAUACAAUUCCUAAUAAUAUUUAACUAUAAAAAUAUAGUAGGAUUUUUUAAACAUUCAAUGGCUAUGAGAACCACUGUAUUAGGUACCAGAUCAGCUUAGUGGAAGGAUUGAUCUUUCAAGAAGAAACUAUUGAACAAAUUGAAAUAAACAGCCAGUUUUAAGGCUAAUUUUAUGUAAUUUUAGUUCUUUAUUCUCUAUUCCUCAUGGUUACACCUACUUUAAACUUUUUAACCAUUCCUUAUAUUGCUUGUGUAUAAUUUUUCUUAUUUAAACUUUUAGGUUUACAAUGUAGGGAUUCUUUUCAAAAUGUAUGUUUGUAUUUUGAUUUGUAAUACAAUUUUAUCUGCACUAUUUCUCAUAGGCAUCAACAAUAAUGGAAAGUCAGAUGUUGUCUUCUUGGUGGAUUCUGCCAGUAUUAGUAAUAAAAAGGAAUUUAGAAAAACUCUUGCAUUUAUUAAAGACUAUGUCUCUGGUGCCAAUAUUGACCAUGGGGAUGUUCGAGUUGGGUUGAUUAUAUCUAAUCAGAAGAAUUACGUUAGAUUCUAUCUGAACCAAUUUAGUACAAAGCAUGAGGUUCUUGAUGCUCUUGAAGUUACAUCAUAUAAACAGGGCAGAUCAAACUUAGCAGAGAGUUUGAAAAUUAUGCGAAAUCAGGUUUUCUCUGAAAGAUUUGGUGAUCGAGCUGAUGCCCCUAAUUUUGCUCUUUUACUACUCAAUAAUCAGUCCCACUCAACUAAUUCAGAUGUGAUUGAUGUAGAAUUUGAUCUUGCUCAGAAAGAAGGAAUUCACAUCUUUGCCUUUGACAUUGGUGAGUCAAACCUAAAAUGUUUAAAAGAUGUUUUCCUCAAACCAUCUGAAUAGAAUGCAAUGCUCAUUUAAUUUAUUGAUGUUUCACAUUUGCAUAUAGUUCAUUGAGCAUUUCAUUCUAAAAUUAUACUGUGAGAUUGUAUUGGAUAUAAACAAAUUCAUAACAUUAAUUUCUUCAUUAAUCAGAUUUUUGUGGGAUGAUUUUGAUGUAGGCCUCUGUUGAGAAAGUAAAUAUUCCUUGUAAUAUUUUAUAUAAAUACUGGUUUUCUUUGUAUUUUUGUGUUUCUGUUCAUUAGCAUUUUCUGAUUGAAACUUGAAUUCUUGUUAAUGCUUCUUUCCGU